AAACCAUAAUAUUGACUCAAAACUGUGACUCGGUCACGAGUCUAUAAAAACGAGCGAUCCAUCGAUUUUGACUCCCAGUAAUUGCCCACUGCAUAUAGCCACUAGCAGCUUAGAACACCCCAGCGGGUUUGGAGUGCCGGAGCGGGAUCUUUUUCUUCGCCUCCAUUUCAACUACCGAAAAAAGGACCUUAGAGGAAUCGCUUCUUUUCCAGCUCAACACCCACACUUUCAGGAACAAGAAAAUAAAAAGACAUGGCAGUCCGUACUCAAUUUGAGAAUAGUUCGAUAUUGGAGUUUUCGCCAAACUUACGAAUAGUUGGAGGCUCUAUGAAUUUCUACUCGACGUUCGAGUCAGAAUUGGGAGAUGUGAUCCCAAUUGUUCAUACGACGAUCGGAGGGACAAGAAUCAUUGGGCGGUUAACAGCUGGGAACCGUCACGGUCUCCUAGUCCCUUUCUCGACAACCGACCAAGAACUCCAACACCUCCGAAACUCCCUCCCAGAUAGCGUAGCUAUCCAACGUGUUGAAGAACGACUCUCAGCACUAGGGAACGUGAUAGCUUGUAAUGACUAUGUUGCACUCGUUCAUCCAGAUGUGGAUCGCGAAACAGAGGAGAUCAUAGCGGAUGUGUUGAAAGUCGAAGUGUUUAGACAGACGGUGGCCGAUAAUGUGCUCGUGGGGAGCUAUUGCUGUAUUACAAAUCAGGGAGGGUUGGUUCAUGCAAAAACGAGCGUUCAGGAUCAGGAUGAGCUGUCUGCCUUGUUGCAGGUUCCGUUGGUGGCCGGGACGGUGAACCGAGGAUCGGACGUGAUUGGUGCCGGACUAGUUGCGAACGAUUGGUGUGCGUUUACAGGGCUAGAGACGACUGCGACUGAAAUCAGCGUCAUUGAGGCUACUUUGAAGCUUCAGGGACAGCAGAGCAGUGCUGUUAUUGGGGAGAUGAGGGAUGCGCUUAUCGACAGUUACGCAUAGUCCUGUGUUCGAUGUCUGUCCAAGUCGUGAUGGAUGGAUUGUGGCUUGUCGACUGCAUGGCGAUGGCUUUGAUUCGGGGGUCUGUACGAGGUACCUCUAUUCCAACAGAGGCUGGUGAGCUGCCUACGAGAAGACUCUUCGGCU